GAGUUGUUGCGUGGUUCAGAAGUCACAGUACUGGUUUGUGUGACUCUUUUGUCGCAGUGUCUCGGGGUGCUUGAGAGUGGAAGGAGAUUUCAUAAAUUUGACAAAAUGAAGGCUCUGUGUUUUUUCUUGUUACUACCAGUAGCUGUUUUCUGUAAUGAUGUUGCUGCACCACCACCACAGCCUCCCCCAAGCACACCAUCCCCAAGCCCAAAUACCACUACUCCAAACCCCAACACAACUACUAGUACUACCACUACCACUACACUGGCCCCAAAUACGACAACUACUACCACUGUAGCUCCAACUACUACUACUACUACAGUAGCUCCAAACACAACCACGACCAGCACAACUACUGUAGCUCCAAACACAACCACGACCAGCACAACUACUGUAGCUCCAAACACAACUACUGUUGGCCCUGUCACGACACCAAGCCCAAAUACUACUACUCCUGCACCUGCCCCUUCACCAACGCCAAUGCCUCAACCUGCUGCAGGUUCAUGGUCAGUAAGAAAUGACACAUCAAAUGUAACUUGUGUUAUUGUCAAUAUGGCAAUAAGGAUUAAUGUUACAUACAGUAAAGCAGACAAUGAGACUGGUUUUGCAGUGCUGAAUAUCCCUAAAGAUGCAUCUAGCAAUGGAACUUGUGGCAAUGAGACACAAACAUUGCGGCUUGAAUGGAUGCAUCAGAAAGAUAAUAAAAGUUACAGUAACAUGCUGGAAAUGGUCUUUGAGAAAAACGAAACAGAAAAGAAAUUUGUGGUUCACAAUAUUAAUUUAACACUUUCAGUUAAUCCAGACUACUUCCCUAACGCAACUCAAAAUGUUACAAACUUGACCUUUUUCCACAAUCACAACUUGUUUGCAACAAGUUUGACGAGGUCCUAUAGGUGUAUGAAGUCUCAGGAAGUUGAUUUGUUUAAGAAGAACAGCAAUGAAACAGUGGGAGUGUUGACUGUUAGUAAAGUGCAGUUGGAAGCAUUUCAUGAAACCAAGUCAACAGAUUUUGGUGCAAUUGAAGACUGUGAGAGGUCAACUGAUAUAGUACCUAUAACAGUCGGGUGCGCACUUGUUGGUCUGGUUGCAGUUGUUUUGAUUGGAUACUUAGUUGGUCGACGUAGGUCUCAAGCACGUGGAUACUUGAGUAUGUGAAAGUAUUGGAACUGAGACAAGUAGCUGCCUACCCAAAACAAGUAAUAGCACAUGACAUAAAACCAGAACAACAUUAUUUCACAAGGCAGCUUGAACAUCAUCUCGUCAUAGUUGCCAGUAUAUAUUGUGCUAUACAGUGACUUGAAAACAAAAGUUACAGUGGUUAUAUUUUUGAUGUAGCUGAGUACUCUUCAAAGAAAUUUUAAGUUCCUUUUUAUUCCAGUUUCACACUUGAUGUACGAUUAGUAUUGUUAGAGUAAUGUUAUUUAAAAGUUUCCUUGAAGCCACUGUACUGUUUUUACCAUGGCUUUACUUUGCAGCCUUAGAGUAUGGAAAUAAGAUUGAUAACAAUUAAGAUCUUGGUUGUAGGUGUUAUCAUGAACAGAAUUCCUGAAGCUGUAUUUUAUCUAUUAAUGAACUGACAUUCGUAUCUUCAACAAAUGUCUACAUCAUUCCAUGCUAUUUUGAGUUUGGUCCACUUAAAUUCUGCUGAUAUACUGUGUAUUAUGUGAUCUUAAAAAACAUAAACCUAAUGUCAAAACUAUGAGCUUGGUAAUGUGAAGCUUGUACCCCAUGAGAUGCCAGCUGCAUAUUUUAUACUUUAUUUGAAACAAAUUACUCAUUUCUCAGUUGAUAUACCAACCCUCUGAAGAUAUCUGUACAGAACCAGUUUGAACUCUUUGUAAAAUGUAACUUUCUAGUUGCGUAAGAUUUAGUAGUGUGAAUGUGAUACGAUCUGAAGUGGAAGAUAUGCUUAUUGAGACUGAAAGUUAUAUAUUAUCUUUGUUGAUUCCUUGCACUGUUAUUGUAUGUGACGAUUUUGUAUAGUGUCUCUAAAAAUAAAGACUUUCAUGGGGAUUUUAUAGUCCUUCCAUUUAA